CCUACUUUAGGGUGAUGUUGUGGCAACUCAUCACGAUGUUCUGAGGAAGGUUUGCAGAUUAAUUCCAGGAGCACUUUCAGUGUUGGGGCGACGAAUGGACCUCGAAACGCUGAAAAAAAGACACAGAUUUGAUCGAUUUUAUAUCCUUAUUACUGCUUAAGCGGAAAAGACUAAAGCAAAUUUAAAGAGAUUUAGAGAAUAAAAGAGCAACAAAAAAAUCCCAAACCAUCAACGUGUAACUAAACUGAGGGUAUUUAAAUAACUGAACCAUUUCGCACCGUAGGACAGAUUCAUUUCAGUUCAACGGAUUCCACGUGUUUCCAAAGCUCAUUUGUCCGAACGCCCAUGAAGGUAGCGCUGGGAGGGGCGGGGCUUGUUCUACUACGUCACAGUGGGCCGUGCCAGUAAGAAGAAACAGUCCACACACACGUAGCUGCGACAUACGGCGCAGCGAAAUCAACAGCUAGCCCGCUGAAAAUGCCUCCCGGAGACCGCGACCCACCCCUCGAUACUCGUCCACGGGAGCCCGUUAUUGUUUUCACUUCACCGGCGGGACGCGCGGAGGCGGAAUGAGUGCGGCAAAAUGCCGGCCUUUUGAGUUUUAUUCCCCCGUUUCGCUGGGCGCUGCGAGGCAGAGGCAGCGGGUCUUUUUCCAAAGUUGACGGUUAGCAGCAGGGCGCGUGUGAAGGAUCGGACUUAAAGGAGCCGCGCACCCCCCCCCAGCACCACCGCCACCACUGCAGCCUCCCAACAUGGAGAAGAAGCAGAGCGACCUGGACCGCGACCGGCAGUACUGCGAACUUUGCGGGGAAAUGGAGAACCUCUUAAAGUGCGGCCGGUGCCGGAGUUCCUACUACUGCAGCAAGGAGCACCAGAAACAGGACUGGAAGAAGCACAAGCUGAUUUGCAAGGAGGUGGACAAGCCUCUCCUCCCUAAGCAGAAGCCCGGCGAGGGUCCGCCGCCGGGGAACAGCAAGAAGCACCGAGAGAAGAGGAGCUCGGAGCCGGCGGAUCCUGCACCCUCGCCCCGAGCCCCAAGCACAGAAGCACCUGCCGACGAGGAGGGACGGGGCGACGUGGGCUCCGACGCCCCCGCCACGCCCACGCCCAACGGCCAGGCCAGCCUCUCCCCUCAGAAACUCGCCACGGAGUACAUCGUGCCCUGCAUGAACAAGCACGGCAUCUGCGUGGUGGACGGCUUCCUGGGCGCGGAGACGGGCCUGGGCGUCCUGGAGAACGUCAAGGGUCUGUACAACACGGGCCGCUUCACGGACGGCCAGCUGGUCAGCCAGAAGAGCGACUCCACGAAGGACAUCCGCGGGGACAAGAUCACGUGGAUCGAGGGCAGGGAGGACGGCUGCGAGAAGAUCAGCUUCCUGAUGAGUCGGAUGGACGACCUGAUCAGACACUGCAAUGGCAAGCUGGGCAACUACACGAUAAACGGGAGGACAAAAGCAAUGGUGGCCUGUUACCCUGGGAACGGAACAGGUUAUGUGCGCCAUGUGGACAACCCCAACGGCGAUGGGCGUUGUGUCACGUGCAUAUAUUACCUUAAUAGAGAUUGGAACGCCAAG